ACAGGUCAAUACACAGUUACAAAACAUGGGAUCAAGCAAUGGUACAACAGUUUUGUACAUAUAAUGAGCCCUAAGAAGGCUCAUCAAACGAAACACCAUUGAAAUAUAUUUACCCAAUCCAAAUAUUUACCAAGGGCAAGGAGUCGAAACUGUAGUAAUGGUGGCUUCAUCAACGGUCAGUAUGUGUAUAAGACGUUUUAAAUACGUUUUUUUGACAGGCAUGCUAUGUGCCCUCAUCAUUGGAUUAUGCUGCGGUGUUGGUAAAUCAGCAGUAUCUACAAGAGAAAGAGGAAUGGAGGAUGAUCAUGAUUCAGAUAUUGAAAGUGAAAUACGAAAGGUUGUUCAGCCAUUAGUUGAUAAAAUUAAAGAAUUGGAAAACAAGACUACUCGGAAGUAUCCAGAAGUAAAAUUUCUCACAGAAAAAGAUCGCAAGAGAGUAUUGAUAACGGGUGGCUCAGGGUUUGUAGGCUCUCAUCUUGUUGAUCGAUUGAUGAUGGAAGGUCAUGAGGUCACCGUUGUUGAUAAUUUCUUCACUGGACGUAAACGCAAUGUAGAGCAUUGGCUUGGGCAUAACAACUUUGAGCUGAUCAACCACGACAUUGUGGAACCGCUUUUGAUUGAAGUUGAUCAGAUUUACCACUUGGCAUCCCCAGCUUCGCCCCCUCACUACAUGUAUAACCCAAUUAAAACAAUAAAGACCAACUCAAUGGGUACACUAAACAUGCUUGGCCUUGCUAAACGUGUCAAGGCCCGAUUACUGCUGGCAUCAACAUCUGAGGUUUAUGGAGAUCCAGAGCAACAUCCCCAGACAGAGGAAUAUUGGGGUCAUGUGAAUCCCAUUGGUCCUAGGGCGUGCUACGAUGAAGGCAAACGUGUUGCUGAGACCAUGUGCUAUGCAUACGCUAAGCAGGAAAAUGUUGAAGUAAGAGUAGCAAGAAUCUUUAACACGUUUGGACCACGUAUGCACAUGGCCGAUGGACGAGUGGUCAGUAACUUCAUUAUGCAAGCGCUGCAGGGCGACCCUAUUACUAUAUAUGGGUCGGGUACGCAGACUCGCAGCUUCCAAUAUGUAACAGAUUUAGUAGAUGGUUUGAUUCGAUUGAUGAACAGUCAAGUUUCAACACCUGUCAACAUAGGAAAUCCAGAUGAACACACCAUUUUGGAAUUUGCUCAGAUUAUCAAAAAUUUUGUUGGAGGAACUAGCGAAAUAGUACACAAGGAGGCAGCACAAGAUGAUCCGAAAAAAAGAAAACCAGAUAUUAGUAAAGCAAAGAGGCUCUUGCAGUGGGAACCAAAGGUGCCACUUGAUGAAGGAAUUUCAAAAACUGUUGAAUACUUCCGCACGGAAUUAAUGCACAGCGACAAGAUGUGGCAACCAAAGUUUUUACGUGAUGCGCACUAAGAGGUGUAUGCGCACUAAGAGGUGUAUGCGCACUAAGAGGUGUAUGUUCUCAAAUUCCAAAUUUGAAUAUUUAUUAAAGUAGAAAUAAGGUUUUAACAAAAUUUCUAUAAUUGGUGGAAGGCGAGCAGGGGAGGCAAAGGAGUCAGGGACUGAUAGAGAAGGUAAAAGGAGGCGGGGGAUUAUAGAUGGGAAGUGUACAGGAGGCAAAUGAUGAACACACAUCAUUUCACAGUUGAACAGAAUGCAAUAGACGGAUACACUCCAAGUAAGUGGUGGCGCCUGGAUAUGACGACAAGCAGUUCAGUUGUCUAAUGGAGCAAAGCAUUAGUAGGGACCCAGGGUGCUAAUCACCAGGCGUCUAGAGAUACUGGGUAAUUUUAGACCAUUUUAAGCUGUUCUUAGGCAUUUUUUAGCUGUUUUGAGAAGCUUACUAGCAUGUAUGUAUUUUAAACAAGUUUUUUUACGAUAGACGAUGCAACACUGUCUGCUGAUUUUUGGUGGCAGUCUGAAUGGAUCGUCAUUAAAAAUGAUCCAUUGCGCGCACGUUCUUCACAGAAUCGUGUCGGCCAACAGCGAAGUGAGUGCCCGGAUUAACGAGUCAUGUCUGACAGGAGGCUUAAGUGCCCUUCUCAUCGCUGCCCUCACUGACUCCAUGUGAAAGGUUACAGAGGUCGAAGGGCAGCAGUGGGUCAGAAAUUGAGUCGGGGAGGCAUGGAGGAUAAUUUCUUGAUUAAAUAUAAAAACAUUAUCAUGUUUUUAUUUUUAAUUGACCAAAAUGUGUAUAAUUUUCCAGUUGCAGUAAAUACCAGGACCUUUAAAUUUUACUUAGAUUUUUAAGUCAAAUUUAUCUUUUCAUUCAGCUUGAAACUAGAAAUUAUUCAUGUAAGCUACUUUUUUUAUUUGCAUGGUGCUAACAUUAUGUUUAGUGGUCUCAUAAACCAUUAAUACUUUGUUCAGGAAUUAGUGUUUUAUAAGUGGUCCUAUACAUCAGUAAAACAUGUUAAAUUUAUUUUUCUUCAUAAGUUCAGUGCAAGAAUCUGAUCUUGCAUAUGGAAAAUAUUAAUAUUAAAAAGUAUAUCAUUACACUAUUUCAUGUAUUUUUGUUAUAAUUUAUAGAUUUUAACUAAUACCAACGUUGCGCAUGUUUUGUAAUGUUGUCUUAUUCUUUCUAUUUCCUUGUCUUCUAUACAUUUUGCAGGAUGUGGUAAAAAUUAUUGCACUGUUUGCAAUUUUUAUUUCCUUAAAGGCUUUCAAAGUCAAUAAUUCAUUGUCGGAAACACAUUAAUUUUUAAGUUUGUAAUAUUGUUUUAAAUAAAAUAAAUGUCUAUCACUAUCACUUUUUCUGUGACUAUCCAUAUAAUAAUAAUUUGGCAAUGUAAAAGUAAAAUGUUGCAAGGAAUAGGCAUGACCCCAAGCAGUAGACUGCUUUUACUGCAUUGUCUAAAACAGAUAUGACAGAGUUUACGAUAAGUUGUAGAUUUGAGGAAAACUAUUUUUACUGUACAUUUGAAUAAAAUUGUCUUUCUUUAUUUGCAAAUAAAAUAAGUUAGAAUUUGUA